AUGAAACUAGAAAGUAAACGAACAUCUUCGCAAGAACAUGAAAUGUUGACUAGUCAACGUAUUUCAUUCGAACAACUUAACUCACUUGUUUAUUUAGAUUGUAUCCUUCGUGAAUUAUUACGUUUAGUUGGACCUGCAUUAGGUACUGUUCGAACAUUAACAACUGAUGAUAAACUACCAGCAAGUGGAUUUGAAUUGGGAAAAGGUGAAUCAGUCAUGAUAUCAUUUUAUGCUUUAGCAAGAGAUAAACGUUACUGGUCUGAUUUAUAUGAUCUAAAUGAUACAGAACAUAAAAUAAUUUAUCACGAUUGA